CUACAGCCUAAAUGCAAUGGUGAUUUGCGAUAACAAGAUGCAAAUAAGGUGCGUUGAUGCUCGGUUUCCAGGCAGUAGCCACGACUCACAUGUGUGGAAUGUAAGCGCUGCGAAAACCUAUUUUGAAGAGAGAUAUCGGCAAGGAGACAAAACAACUUGGAUAUUAGGCGAUGCUGGAUAUCCAUUACAGCCCUGGUUAAUUACACCAUUCCGUUCUCCUGUGGCAGGAAGUAGAGAAAGCGCCUUCAACAAAACGCACAGUAAAGCGCGCAACAUAGUCGAGAGAGUCAUCGGCGUUUUGAAAAAUAGAUUUCGAUGCCUGCUAAGUGCUCGCCAACUACAUUAUUCGCCCCAAAAAGUGGUACAAAUAAUUAAUGUGGUAUGCGCAUUGCAUAACAUGUGCAUCCACUACAACGUAGAAGAUAAUACACCUGAUAUUAUGGAUGAUGAAUAUCAAGAUGUAAAUGAAGAGGAAGCGCCAUCAGAAUUUUCCAGAGAAGCGUCAGACAUAAGAAUGCGAAUUUUGAGAUCAUUACCUAACUAAUGAAAACAAUCCCAUAACUUUGUACUUCAUAUUUAUUUGAUAUAAAAAAUUUAAAAUAAAUUCAG